AUGCCUUCCACCAUGAUCCCUGUUAUUGUUGGCGUUGUUGAUGUGCGCAACAGAUCCACCAGAAUCAAAGAUGCGAAGGAGCCGGCUCAUCUCAUGUUCGAGGCAAUCAAAAUUGCUCUAUUUGAUGCGCAAUAUCCUCAGGCUACUCCCCAUAUACUCAAGUCAAGCUUCGAUGCUGUCAGCGUGGUCCGGACGUGGACAAGGCCCUAG